GCAAACACAUGAGUUUGUUCGAGAUUUGCCAGAAUUGCAUUUAAUUGAUAGUGUUUGUGAAAGUUGUCAACUAGGCAAGAUGCAUAAGUUGCCUUUUCCUGUGAAUAAAUCUUUUAGAACAACUCAGAAGCUUGAACUGGUGCAUACGGAUAUUUGUGGUCCUAUGAGAACACCAUCUCUCAGCCAAAACAGAUAUUUCAUCCUCUUUAUUGAUGACUUUACAAGAAUGACAUGGGUAUACUUUCUUGGCAACAAAGGUCAAGCCUUGCUUGUGUUCAAAAAAUUCAAAGCUUUGGUUGAAAACCAAAGUGGAUGCAGAAUUAAGAAGCUCAGAUCAAAUAAUGGCAAGGAGUAUACCUCCAAUGAUUUCAAUUUGUUUUGUGAAGAAGCUGGUGUUGAUCAUCAAUUGACAGUGUCUUAUACACCACAGCAGAAUGGCAUUGCAAAGAGGAAAAAUAGAACCGUUAUGGAGAUGGCAAGGUGCAUGUUAGCAGAGAAGAAAUUGCCUAAAUGUUUUUGGGCUAAAGCAGUCUAUACAGCUGUCUAUCUCUUAAAUGGUCUACCAACAAAGGCGGUAAAAGGCAUGACACCUAUUGAGGCUUGGUAUGGUCAAAAACCAUCAACUGAUCACUUGAAGGUGUUUGGUUCAAUUUGUUAUAAUCAUGUUCCAGCAGCUAAAAGAGGAAAAUUAGAUGAGAAGGCAAAAAUUGGGAUCUUUAUAAGCUAUGCAACACAAGCAAAAGGCUAUAAGGUGUAUGAUUCUAUAACCAAGAAGGUAAAUGUGCAUAAAGAUGUUGUUUUUUAUGAGAGUGCACACUGGAAUUGGGAUGCAGGGAAGAUAGAAAAAGGUUCAAAUAAGCAGUGUGAAGCUGGUUCAGAUGUUGCUUCCAGUUUUGAAAUUGCAGAAGUUGAUGAUGAUUCACCGGUUUUGAAAACCAAGUCACUAGCUGAGAUUUAUGCAAGAUGCAAUUUAGCUUCUGCAGAACCUAAUUGUUUUGAAGAAGCAGCUAAACAGCAAGUUUGGAUUGAUGCCAUGAAGGAGGAGCUGUCUAUGAUCGAAAAAAAUCAAACUUGGUGUCUUAUUCCAAAACCAGAUGAUAAGAAGCCUAUUGGAGUGAAGUGGGUGUUUCGAACUAAGCUAAAUCCAGAUGGUUCUAUACACAAACAUAAGGCCAGACUUGUUGUGAAGGGGUAUGCUCAACAGCCGGGGGUUGAUUAUGGAGAGACUUAUGCUCCGGUGGCAAGGCAUGAUACAGUAAGGCUUCUAAUUGCAUUAGCUGCUAAUUUGGGUUGGAAGUUGUUUCAUAUGAAUGUAAAAUCAGCUUUCCUUAAUGGUGUUCUACAAGAGGAAAUUUAUGUUGAACAACCACAUGGGUUUAAGAUUACAGGGAAGGAAGACUAUGUUUAUAAGCUUAACAAGGCUUUGUAUGGUCUAAAACAGGCGCCAAGGGCCUGGUAUUGCAGAAUUGAUGACUACUUGAUGAGUCAAGGAUUCAGGAGGAGCACAGAAGAAGCAACUUUGUAUGUGAAAGGCAGCAGUAGUGAAUCUCAGCUUAUUUUGUCACUUUAUGUGGAUGACUUAUUGUUAACUAGAAAUGAUUUGAAGUUGAUGGAACAAUUCAAGAAGGUUAUGAUGCAGGAGUUUGCAAUGACAGAUUUGGGAGAGACAAAGUAUUUUCUGGGACUUGAAGUUCAGCAAUUGAGCAAGGGAAUUUUCAUUUGCCAAGAAACAAGCUAUUUGUCAAGGUUUAUGUCAACUCCUAGUAAACUUCAUUUAGUUGCAGCCAAGAGAGUUCUUAGGUACAUCAAAGGAACCUAUGAACUUGGCUUGUGGUUUGACAGUAAUCAACAAGGAAGGUUACAGGGGUAUGCUGAUAGUGAUUGGGCAGGUUCUAUGGAGGAUAUGAUAAGCACAACAGGUUAUGUGUUCUCCUUUGGUUCAGGGAGUUUCUCUUGGAAUUCAAAGAAGCAGGAUGUUGUAGCUCAGUCCACAGCUGAGGCUGAGUAUUUAGCAGCUGGAGCAGCAGCGAAUCAUGCUAUUUGGCUUAGAAUGGUGCUUGAAGAACUUGGUUUUGAUCAAAUUGAGCCUUGUGUACUCAAGGUAGAUAACAUGUCAGCAAUUGCUAUUGCUCAAAAUCCAGUGCAGCAUGAAAUUUGAAGAGUUCAGAGAUAUGCUUGGAGUUACAAAUAUAAAAAGCA